AUGUUGUCUGCAAGAGGAAUUGGUGUUUUGUCUUUUUUCCACAGUGUGAUAACAGUCACUGCACUGAUUGACUCUGAUGAUGUCAUCACACGGGAUGAGCAGAUCUACCUUCUGAUUGGUGCUCAUGCCAGGUGUGAAAGGAGCAUCAAGGAACAAAUGGCUCUCAGUAAAGAUGGCGACUGCAUCCCAGAGUGGGAUGGGAUCAUUUGCUGGCCACAAAGCACAGCAGGUCAGCUGGUCUCAGUGCAGUGCCCUGAGUACAUCUAUGACUUCAACCACAGAGGGCGAGCCUACCGCCAGUGUGAUGUGUCAGGCAACUGGGAGCUGGUGGCAAGUAUCAACCGCACUUGGGCAAACUACAGUGAGUGCACCAGAUACCUGACCUUCAACCACAGAAGCCACGAGGAGAAGGUGUUUGAGCGACUCCAUCUCAUGUACACUGUUGGCUACUCCAUUUCUCUAGCAUCCCUUCUGGUGGCAGUCUCCAUUCUUUGCUACUUCAAGCGUCUCCACUGCACACGCAACUACAUCCACAUUCACCUCUUCACCUCCUUCAUCUGUCGAGCAGUCAGCAUCUUUGUGAAGGAUGCUGUGCUCUACUCCAUAUCCAAUAACAGUGAAGCUGAGCCUGAGUUUGCAGGACAGAAGUCCCAUAUGGCUGGCUGCAAAGCUGCUGUUACUCUCUUCCUGUACUUCCUGGCAACAAAUCACUACUGGAUCCUGGUGGAGGGGUUGUACCUCCAUAGUCUCAUCUUCAUGGCCUUCUUGUCUGACAAGAACUACCUGUGGGCUCUCACUAUCAUUGGCUGGGGUGUUCCAGCUGUGUUUGUGUCCAUUUGGGUCAGCGCUCGAGCUUCACUGGCAGACACUCAAUGCUGGGACAUCAGUGCCGGAAACCUGAAGUGGAUCUAUCAAGUCCCCAUUCUGGCUGCAAUUGUUGUGAAUUUCCUCCUGUUCAUUAACAUAAUUCGUGUACUAGCCUCUAAACUGUGGGAAACCAACACUGGUAAACUGGACCCCCGACAGCAGUACAGGAAGCUACUCAAGUCCACAUUAGUCCUCAUGCCCUUGUUUGGAGUUCAUUACAUGGUGUUCAUGGCUCUUCCCUACACUGAGGUCACUGGGCUGCUGUGGCAGGUCCAGAUGCAUUACGAGAUGUUUUUCAACUCUUCCCAGGGAUUUUUUGUGGCAUUUAUCUACUGUUUCUGCAAUGGAGAGGUGCAAGCAGAGGUAAAGAAGGCUUGGUUAAGACGCAGCCUGGUGCUGGACCUCAAGCAGAAAGCCAGGAUCACCAGCAGCGGCGGAGGAGGCAGCUGCUACUAUGGUGGCAUGAUGUCACACACCACCACCCACAGCAUUUGCCUGUCUGCUGCCAAUCCCAGAGCUCUUUCCUUCGCUGGAGGAGUGGUGGGCUCAGGUGGAGCCUCUGGCUGUGGUGGGUCAGGGGUCAGGCUGGUACGCCACGUUUCCGGAAUUUCCCCCCACCAUCUUAACAGCCUACGCGUUUACAUUUCCGGUGACAGCGAGACCUCAGGCCCCCAACAGGAAUUGGCUGUGUGGAAACCAGAGGGUGCUGAGUUAGGGGUUUUUACCAGAGAUGCGAAACCCAGCAAAGGAGAUGAAGACUGCAAAAGUCAUGGAGAAAAAGAUCCAAUCAGCUCCUUGUCUCUGAAAGAGCUAGAGACCAUUUUGUGAUUGCUGCUGCUUAGAGAGAUCAUGUUAUACAAUGGAAAUCUAGUUGUUUUUUUUUAUCAAAAGUAGAGCUUUUUUAGUUUGUUUUGUUUGUU